GUGCUGCUGUCUAAGGAACUAACGGUGUUACUGAACAUUUGGUUGCUGUUCUGCGUUUGCAGUUUCAUUCAUCAGUUCAGCCGGCGUUUAUGUGCCCUGACUGCGUGCUGGGCACUGCGUGGUGCGUGGGGCGGCAGAGGGAGCCAGCGGCUGCCCGCGGAGCUCGGGAGCCUCGCCCCCGGGUGGGUGGGGGCGUACACACCGGCAGCGGCUGCGCGGUGCGGUGCUGUGCGGACGCCGUCAGGCGGGGCCCGGCCCUGCGGGAGGCUGGAGGAGGGCAGCUGACAGCUGCAUGCGCCGCGCCCAGCCUUGGCCUUGGCUUUGACCUGUCGCAGCGGCCGCCUGCUCCGCUCUUCCCGGGCGGCUGGCGCACCGCUCUCGCGUGACCGGAGGCCUGGGAGCUGCCUGAUGAGAUGGCGGAGCUCCGUGUCCUUCCGUGACCAAGCAUGUCCUUCCGUGACUCGGCAUGCGAGAGAAGCGUUCUCGAAGGACCCAAGCUGCCAGGCUUCUCCUUCCCACAGGCAGUGUCCUCCGGGCCCCGCGGCCCGGCCUCCCCUGCGCUUCGGCUCGCCCCGGGUCUCCAGGGGCGCCAGGCGUCCCCACACGGACAGAUGGCCCCCGCGUCCCAGCGGCGUGUCAGAGCUUCCCAAAGCCUCUUCCUGUCCUUUGGUGUUCCGGCUUUUAAGGGUUCUGAACAGGCCGCUCUGCACAGUUUCUGCUGGUGUUCUCACACAGCGCUGGCGAUGGGGACCUUCAGAGACUCUUUAUGCCGCCCUCCUGCCGACACCACCUGCCUACGGUUUGCCUUCAUCUGCAAACACACUGCAGUUGUUGCCGUGAACGACCGAAACCUGUCCGUGUGGACGGUGCUUCGACCCCAACUGGCCCUUUCAGUGGCUGUGCUGAGAGUGUGCCUGAGGUUGAGAGCACUCCCCCAAAUGUGGAAGUGGUUCAGUCGUCAAAGGAAGUGGACGGCAGAGGCCGUGUUGGGGUGGGAGACAAGGAGCAGCCAGCAUUUCACAGCCGGCCGACAGGAGCGUCCGCUCUCCAGAGGAGGACUCCGAGGCCGGGGACUGUCCGACGGCCGCGGUCCUGGGCCUCCUUCUCGGCCUCCCGACGGCCUCCCCCCAUGCUGUCACCACACUGUGGUCAAGGCAGCAGCGGAAUGGAGUGGACGAGCGUGGGCCGGGCCAGUGGGAUGGGCCGUGGCGUCGCCCCUGGGUCGGCACCAGCGCUCCGUCCAAGUGGAUGGCGCCCCCCCCUCCCCGCCGCACUGUGCCGGGCCGUGGGGCUGCCGCUGCGCCGAGGGGUGGCGCCCAGGGUUUCAGGUCUCUUCCAGAAUCCAGGAGUUAGCUCCUUGUCACCAUUUGAGCCUGUGAUUCUGCUGUAUUCCUCAGCUUUAUUUUGUUUCUGUCAGAUUACAAGGAACAGUUGCUAGUUACUCAUACCGAAAUGUCAGAUACCUGUUUCAUGCUAUUUUUAUGUUCUUUGUAAAGUGGACCAAAAGCCUCCCACUGUAUAAAAUUUGUGCCAUAAAAUUACUUUCAGUUAAGGACCCUUAGCGGUGGCAGUUCUGUUUGUAUGACUUCAAGUAAUUGUUCUAAGUGUUUUGCCUAGUUUUCAAAGGUACACAUACCCAGGAUUUUUUGUGUAUCUACUAGCACUGUCAAUAGUAUGUUAUUGCUACUUUUCAGUUCCCGCUCAGAAACACCUGGUGGGGCGUGGCCUGUCGUGAACAAUAGGAGUCGCCCUGGGGGCGUCGGAGGCCUGGGCCUGUGGGGCGAGUGGGACCCUGGGCAGUCCCACGGGCGAUGGUCAGUGCCGCUCAGCGAGUCUCCCCGUGGCGUCGUAUCGACUGUGUAUUAAUACGGGAUGUUCUGUUGGGCUGUCAGCUGAUUGUUUAGAAUGUAAAUGAAGCUGUUGAUGGAUCUGGUGACUGAUGGCUUAAAUUCCAAUUAAUCAAUGGCUUCAUCAGUUUCUUAAUUCAGAUCAAAUAUCUCCUGA